UUGAUAUGACUGCUGAAUAGAAUGGUGUUGUGGAAUCGUAUCCAGCUCAAAACCGUCUACUUAUAAAUAUGGUCUUCUUCUACAUGCCCUCGAAAUAGAAAAGGAAACAGUAAAUCCCCAAUUUAAGUUCUGAAACAAUUAGCUCCACAAGGCACCAAACGCUGAUCUUUGUAUUCCAAUUUUCAAAAAUCGACGCUGAAUAACCAUGGAAGCAAUCGAAGUUGAGAGAGGAGGAAGUGGAUACUCGCUGAAAUCAUCGAGAUUAAACAACGAAGACAUUCUCUUCUGCAUAGAUGUGAACCCUGAAUCUUCCGUUGAGAUCAAAACCACCGGCUCUAAUGGACGACCCAUCACCAGAAUGGACUCCAUUAAGCAAGCAAUUCUUCUAUUUGUCCACGCCAAACUCUCCAUGAAUCCUGACCAUCGAUUUGCUUUCACCACCAUCGCCAAAUCUGCCAUUUGGCUAAAAAAGGAGUUUAGCAGUGAUAUUGCAUCUGCAGAGGCUGCAGUCAGGGGACUUGGUGCUACUUCCCCUUGCAAUCAUGCCGAUCUUACCAGUCUUUUCCGAUUAGCUGCUCACGAAUCAAGAAAAUCAACCGCCCAAAAUCGAAUUCUACGACUGAUUCUUAUUUAUUGCAGAUCAUCGACACAGCCCCAACAUCAGUGGCCUGCGAACCAAAAACUCUUCACUUUUGAUGUUAUAUACCUCCAUGAGAAGCCUGGACCUGACAACUGCCCACAAGAGGUGUAUGAUGCUUUAGUUGAUGCCCUUGAUCAUGUUAGCCAGUAUGAAGGCUAUAUUUUCGAGAGUGGCCAGGGAGUUGCACGUGUUCUUUACCGUUGUAUGUGUCUGUUGUUAUCACACCCCCAGCAACGAAUAUCGCUAGAUGAUCUCGAUAUACCAAAGCCUCUUACAAAGAAAUUGCCUCCCGCUGAUACCGCCCCUCCAAACGAAGUUGUCCCUGUUACAAGCCAGUGAAACGACAAUGGAAACAUGGAUGUUGUUGUAGCUUAAUGGUACCUCACUUGUUCAUCUGUAGACUGAUUUUUUUUUUAAUCUUUUUCUGGCGACAGAUUAAGUUUUCUUUUAAUGUACAUAACAUCAAGUCUACUACGAGAGAGACAACGGUCUUAUGGUAUGAUAUGAAUCUUUGUCAUGUUCAGAUUAUGUGCUCCAAAUGUCAUAUUUUGAUGGAUCAUAUUACUUCCUGUUGGUGCCAUUUGGGUAUUAGAAAAGUUGACUUUCAUUGCUGA